AUUUGUCUAAUUCAUAAUUCAUAAUAGAGACCUGACAAGAAGAUUCAUUUCAUCUUUCCAUCUUCCACAUAUCUCUAUCUCCAUUAAUGCACUACAACACUACAUUUUCUAGCUGCUUCAUCUGAUUCUGUUAUAUUUUCCUCUGUUUUUUCUGCUCGCCGGAAAGUAUGGCGGAUGAGUUUGCAUCGUCGGUAGAUAUGGGGCUUCAGUUAACUAAACGGAUUUACUACGGUAAAAAUCCGCCGAAGCCACUUGUAAUGGAGAAAAAAUCAUCUGAGAUUAAUAACUUGCCGACGGCACCUAUGGUGUACGCCGUCGUUAGGGACCCAUCGAUGGUGGAUAAUCCUGAUAUUCCGAGCUAUCAACCGUAUGUUCACGGCCGUUGUGAUCCGCCGGCGUUGAUUCCGCUUGACAUGCAGGGGAUCGCAAUGGAGGUUGAUUGUUAUAUGGAUACUGCUUUUGUAACGGUCAACGGAACUUGGCGUGUGCACUGUAUUGCUUCUAGUCGAUAUUGCGAUUGUCGAAUCGCUGUACCAAUGGGAGAGCAGGGUUCAGUUCUAGGUGUGGAGAUUGAAACACCAUCAAGAUCGUAUUCCACCUUAUUGAUUGAAUCAAAUGAUACCAAAGAUGCCGGUUUAGUAGCCAAUGCUAAAGAUGGCUUCUUACUAAAUCGCCGGAUAUACACAUUAAAGGUCCCUCAGGUUGCUGGAGGUUCUAUUCUCUCCGUUAAAGUCAGUUGGUCACAGAAAAUACUGUAUCAAGAUGGUCAAUUUUCCUUUAGUAUACCUUUCAGUUUCCCGUGGUAUGUCAAUCCAAUUGCAAAACUAUUGUGCAAGAAAGAGAGGAUUCGGUUGAACGUGAACUCUGGUAUGGGGAAAGAGAUCAUAUGCGGAAGUUGCAGUCAUCCUUUAAAGGAAACAAGACGUUUGGUUGGUACUUUAGGAUUUUUAUAUGAGAGUGAAGUUCGGGCAUGGUCAAUGGAUGACUUCAGUUUCUCCUACAAAGUUCAUUCAAGUGAGAUCCUUGGGAGUGUGCUCCUGAACUCUGUGUCUAUGCUUGAUGUUGAUCAAAGAGAAAUGUUUUGCUUCAAUCUAUACCCACCGGCUGUCAAUACAAUGAAGGUUUUCAGGAAGGAAGUGGUAUAUGUUGUUGAUAUAAGUGCGAGCAUGCAAGGGAGGCCACUUGAGAAUAUUAAGUCUGCACUACUGGCUGCCCUCUCUAAACUCAGUCCAGCAGAUACUUUUAACAUCAUAGCUUUCAACGGGAAAAGCUUAUUGUUCUCAUCAUCCCUGAUGCUGUCAGGGAAGGAGUCAAUUGGAAAAGCAACUCAGUGGAUUGACCAAAAUUUCGUAGCUGAGGGAAGUACUGACAUUUCACUGCCUCUGAACCAGGCAAUAGAGAUGCUAUCGAAAAAUGGUGAUUCAAUUCCUCUUGUUUUUCUAAUUACCGACGGGUCUGUUGGAGAUGAAAGAGAAAUUUGUGAAGCCUUGAGAGGAAGGUUGAUGAAGAGCGGUUUGAAUUCUCCGCGAAUUUCGACCUUCGGCAUUGGUUUAUACUGUAAUCACUACUUCUUGCAAAUGCUUGCUCAAAUCGGAAGAGGUUACUAUGAUGCUGCAUAUGAUUUAGAUUCAAUCAGUUCUCGGCUGGAAAGACUACUUAAUGGGACAUCAUCGGUUAUUCUCGCAGACCUGAAAAUCGAAGCUCUGGAAAGUCUUGAUUCAUUUGAGCUAUAUCCAUGUUAUCUGCCGGACCUGUUGUCUUCAAGACCACUGAUUGUCUCUGGCAGAUUCAUCGGGACCUGCCCUGGUUCUGUUAAAGUUAGUGGCACGCUAGCAGAUUUGAGCAGUUUUGUGGUCAAUGUCAAAGUACAAAAAGCAAAGGAUCUUCCUUUGGAAAGAGUUUUUGCAAAGAGACAAAUUGAAACAAUAACUGGGAAUGCCUGGUUUUCCGGAAGCAAGCAACUAGAGGAGAUGGUUGCGAAAUUGAGCUUGCAAACUGGGGUGCCUUCAGAGUACACCAACUUGAUUUUGGUUGAAAAUUUAAAGGAGAAGCAGACGUCUAAAUUAGAGACAGUAGAUGAGAAGGCCUCUGAUCAGUUGAAUGUCAAGAAGAUCAUAUACCUUCGAGCACUCGGUGUUGGUUUUGGGAACUUGAAGGCAACUGCAGACAAUCUUCCUGUGGAAGCAGCAGAACCUAAGUUGCAUGAAACAUCAGAAAUGGUAUUUGCCGCUGCUUCAAACUUAUGUGGCAAAUUAUGUGACUUUUGCUGUUGCAUGUGUUUCAUACAGUUCUGCUCUCGGGUUAGUGAUCAAUGUGCUGUGACAUUAGCACAAAUCUGUACAGCGCUCGCUUGUUUUGAGUGUAUUAGUUUUUGUUGUGAAGUAUGUGGAGACUGUGGCUAAUAUAUUACCACAGAUGUAGCAGAAAUUAAAUAUGGUUAGACUGUCACGCUAUUUAUAUGUAUAGUUGUAUUCAGAUGCGGACCCACACCAUAUGGUGGGGGUGCACGUGCACCUUGUAACUUUUAAAAAAAUUAUAUGUAUAUAUGUAUAUCUAUUUUGAAAAACUGGUAGAAAUUAAGAUAUAGGUAACAGUGCAUCCAUAAAAAGCAUAAAAGUGUCCUAGUGCAGUAGGUAAAAGCUAGAGUUACCAAUUUCUUGACCACUCUAGAUGCAGUGAACUUCUUGUAAUAAAAUUUAGAGGAAAUAAAAUAUGGAAGCUUGAGAGCACUCA